UGCGCGGGGAGCCGCGGACUGGAGGAGAGCGCAGGAUAGAUGAUGAUGAUGAUGAGGCUGAGGAUGAGGAGAAUGAUGAUGAUGGGCGUGUGAGCCGCGCGCCAGGAGCGAUCCACACCGGGCACCAAUGCUAAAACGCUCAUGGGGUCAGAGUCGGUGGAGAUGGGGAAACGUCCAGAGCAGGAUCUUGGGAACACCGGCCACACACGAAUCACGCCUUCCAACGCACACGUGCUGGACAGUGUGAAACCACACACACUGGGCUGGCUGAACGCGCCCCCCAACGCCUGCUGCUUCUGCUGGUGCUGCUGCUGCAGCUGUUCCUGUCUUACAGUACAUCCUUCUAAGGAUGAAAGGAUUCCGGAAAAGAUCUGUGAAAAACAAACUGAGGCUGAGGUUGAAGAACUACGUGGUCCCACGCUGGAAGAGGUGCGUUUGUGGGGACAGACGUUUGAACAGUUGAUUAAAAGCCCUCGCGGCCGAGCGAGCUUCCGGCAGUUCCUGAAGACGGAGUUCAGCGAGGAGAACCUGCUGUUCUGGCUGGCCUGCGAAGAGCUGAAGAAAGAGACCAACCGAACUGCAGUGGAACAGACUGUUAAGCAAAUAUACGAGGAUUACGUCUCAAUACUCUCGCCUAGAGAGGUGAGUCUGGACUCGCGUGUGCGAGAAGUGAUCAACAAGAACAUGAUGGAGCCGAGCUCACAAACUUUUGAUGACGCCCAGCAGCAAAUCUACACCCUCAUGCAGCGAGACUCCUACCCUCGUUACAUUAACUCCAGCAUGUACGCAGAUCUGAUCAAAAGCCUGGAAGAACCUCCAACACCCAAUGAGUCUUAACACACGCACACAGAUACAGAUACACAGACACAUACAUGGAUCUGAAUGAGUUUUAACACACACACACGCACACACACACACAUACAUUUAUCCGAUCAAAAAAAUUGAAAGUACCUCUGACACCCAAUGAUUCCUAACAUGGACACACACACUUUAAAAAAUCUAUGAUACAUUUAGACCCCUUAAAGAUCAUGAAAAUGCCCAAUUCUCUCUCUCAUUCACACACACACACACACACACACACACACACAUUGAUUGGUAUUGACAAAUACAGAAGUCUAGUGGUUUGUGGCAUACAUUCUGUUUGAGUUCUGUUUAAUAAGUAAACACACUAGAGACAGCAACUAAUUACUCUAACUGAAACUAUAGGGUUUAAAAAAAAAAAAUCCAAAAUAUUAAAAAUGUACAAGACCCCUCAUAUUGAAUGGUUCCAAUGAUUUUACGGGUAACACUUUAAUUGGAAAGGACACUUUAGAUGGUUUGUAAAUUCAUUGUAGACCUGAUCCCAUCUAAAACCCUUUCAUUAUUGAAAAGACUUGCUUUACAUUUUGAACAUGUGUAGAUACUCUACAGGACUCUACAGUGAACUUUCCAUUUUUUUGUUCUCAGAACUCAUACCCCCCACAAUACAAGUUUUACCACAAUAACACACAACACACUUUCAGAUUACUUUGCUGAGCCAGAUUCAGAAAUCGUACGUAAUUUCUUGUGUUAAAACAGAAAAGGCUUUAGUUCAAAACAAACAUGGCAGGUGAUGAUUCUCCAAUAUGUUCAUUAGUAUAUAUGAGGUAAUUAGCAUUCCAAUCACACUCCAGGAUGAGUCGCAAAUAGUUAAUUUUGAAAUUGUGUAGUUAUGACUGGACUGCGAGUAUAGAUUAACAAAAUUACAUGCUGGAUACAGGAUAGCUUGGAUAGAUAGUCGCCAGGACACCUUUUUGUGAUUCUCAGAAGGGGUUAGUAGGCUUCAAUAUUAGCCCAUUUCUCCUAUGGGUAGUGUGGGCUUGGCAUUAUUGAACAAAAAUGGGUGACUCUUUGGGUAUUUGCUCUAAUCCGAAUCAGUUAACUUUGUUGAUUAACUUGGAGCGCUUUCCCAUUGGUUGGUUACUUUCUCACCACAAACAAACCAAAAUCCAGAGUAUGUUUUUGACCGGGCUGAGACGGUCAAUGCACCAUUUAUUAAUUGUCUGACCAUUAUAGGUUAAAUGGAAAAAAGAAAAUUGGAUGUAAAAACUCAUUAUUUCAUUUUUUUAAUGUAGCGCAGUGUGCAAAAAAUAAACUUUUCCAAUUUUAUUUUUUUCAUCUCUGCCCCUUACAAUUUCGGGAAAAUAAAAAAAAAAAAAAAAAACAGAAUAUUUUCUUUAUUUUCUGAUUUUUCCAUUUUUGCAUUUUUCAAGUUGGAAAAUACCGUCAGAUUUGUGUUGGAAGACAAAUCUGAAAAUCAAGAGAAGAAUCACCUUUUCAUUUUUCUUGAAAUUUUGUUUGCGAAAGGCGGAAAUAAGAAAAAUAGAUAAUUGAAAAAUUGUAUGAAAACACAUUUCUUCUUCACAGUACUGAAUGGAAAAAAAAGUUUUAUGCUCAAUUUUAUAUUUUUAAAUUUGCACAGAAAAUUAAACUGCUAAAUUUUACACUGACCUGAGAUAACCUCCUCUCAAGGGUUUUAGGGUGAUUGUUUGUGUCCACAUCCGAAUGGACUUUAUUCACACCUGCCCAAACGAACCCCAUCAUGGUUGAAAACAGUCCAGCUUAAUGUUCCUAAAACAAUUCAGAUGUAACAACACUGUUAACCAGGCUAUACUUCAACUUUAUUAAUAUGUCGUGACCUUACAUUACCUUAUACACUGCACUCACAAGACACUCACUUGACAAACCUCAUGUGUACUGUACUGCAUAUUUUUGUAACAGCUUAAAUCCAUUGAAUUCCUUGUUGUUGGUUGGAAAAAAAAAAGUUUGGUCUCAGACUUCCACAAAUCAGAAGAUAUGACCAUAUUCUUCUGCCUCAGUUGUGCAAAAGGCACUGAUAACGGCUGAUGCUUACUUGUGCCUUGCUAUACAUAUAGAUAAUCUAGAUGAGGAAUAUAUAGUUGUUCUAAAUACAUAUUUCAUGACAAAUCAAGGUGCUGUGGGUUAUGUUAGAACAAAAGAAGUAAUGGCUAUAUUUAAAACAGAUCUACACAUUAACACACACACACACACAAAUCCUUACAGACAGCAGAACAUUAACGCAGAACUGAAAUAGAUCUCCUUGGAAUAAUAAAACAGAGUUUUGUGAUCUUAUAUUUAUGACUACAUGCAUGUUUUUGAAGUUCAGAGAAUGCAUUUGAUAUAUUCACUUGUGUAUACCGGGACAUACUGUAUAAAGAGAGAUAAGUCAAUAAUAAAGCACAAAUAUUUGCCAGUGA